GUGUUGAUUAUAUGUUGUUACCUCCCUUAGAGCGAGUUCAUUCCCUUUAAAAACAAGUACUCGCCACUUCCCGUGAGCAACUGUGAAAAAUCGACCGUGAUAAGUAUGGCGUCUAACAAAGGAUUCAAUGAAGCGUUUAACCCAGAUAAAUGUAAAGUACGCGAUUUGAGGAAUUUUCUACGAGAUCAUGGAGAGUUUAUUUCGGGAAAUAAAACCGAGCUUAUUGCAAGGGCGAAAGGAGCGAUAGCAAUCGGCGUGAAACCACUCAAGGAAGUGUUGACAAGUGACAAAGAAAAUGGACAUCAUCGCAAUAUUGACAAAUUUAUAACACCCUUGGGCGAAGAACUGCCGGAUCCAAUGUUAUUAAAGGCGAAUUGGACUUCAUCUGUCGACGAAAUUCCCAUAAUUGGCGAAAAGGAUAUUUAUAAUUACCUAGUGUUGAACACGCAGAGGACUUUCGACAAUCAACAAAUGAAAGCAACUAGGGCAUUAAAAGCCAAGGUGUGUUUUGAGGAUGGACAUGUCCACAGUUUGACUUAUAAUCCCAUCAAAGCCCAAUGCAGUCACUGUUUCGUGAAGUGCAAAGUGAUGCCGUCGAUUUCAACACAGAAAGAAAACCAGAAGCCUGACUAUGAUGUAUGGCUUUGCAUGUCAAAGAUGUCUGGACAAAUUCAUUCAGCUGGUUGUAAUUGUAAUGCCGGGGAAGGUGAAUCUUGCAGCCAUAUAGCUGGGAUGCUGUAUGGCUUAGUGGAUCUGGCUGAAAAGAAGAAAGAUGGCUUAGAUUCAUCAACUUCAAGUGAAUGCUGGUGGAUUAAACCAUCAAGGAAAAGGAAACUAAGUCCUCGAAGAUCUCAAGACCUGACUUUUAAAAAACAUAAGUUCAAUGACUCUAAACCUCGGCCAGUAAAGGAGAACAUUAAGGAUAAAUCCGAAAAGACAGUGAAACCAGUGAACAUUCAAAACUUUAGUGAAAAACUUAUGAGUGUAAACAAACAUUCGGCAUGGCUUUAUACACACAAAUUCUCUCUACCGAAGUCCACACAAGAAACUAUUAUUGAAAUACCUAAGCUUCACAAUGUUGACUUUAUGUUUAAGGACAGUGAAGAUUUAAGUGACCAGUCUUGUGUGUCAAAGUUUACCAGUUACUUUAGUACCUUGAGUGUGAGUGAAGCUGAGUGUGAAAUAAUUAAAAGCGAAACGAAAGGACAAUCAAACAACAGUUCCUGGCAUCCCUUCUCAAAAUAA